CUUUUUCCAUUAUUUAUUUCUUAAGAAAACUAAACCCCUUGUCUUUGCAUUUCACCAAUUCCUAUAUAGAAUUUUUAUUAUAUUUCAAGAUUUACCGAAUAUUAUUAGGAAACCAGAUGGGAAGAGAUAAAGAUCAUAUUGAAGCUAAAGAACAAGAACACCUAUCUGGUGCUUACAUCCGCAGCUUGGUCAAACAUUUGACCUCCAAAGAUUCAUCAGAUGGAAGUGAAAAUGGUGAAUGUUUUAAUGAUGUUAGCAGCAAUACACCAAAACAACAACCACCACCACAACACAAGAAACAAGUUAGAAGAAGAUUACACACCACUAAACCCUAUCAAGAAAGACUCUUAAAUAUGGCAGAAGCCCGGAGAGAAAUUGUCACCGCCCUGAAGUUUCAUCGUGCUUCAAUGAAACAACAGGAAGAAGCGGCGGCUGCAGCAACAGCCGCCGCUGGAAACCAUCAUCGUUCACCACCACAAUGUUUAGGUCAAGAAAGAAAGCCUAAAUCUAGGCCAACUUUUAGCCUUUAUCCUCCCACCACCGCCACUGCCACCACCGCCAAUUCCUAUUGGCCAAUGUCAACUUUUGCCCCACCAUCACUGCCACCGCCUCUGCCACCACCUUCUUAUCAUGACAAUCAUAAUUUAGUACUCCCUAGUCAACCCUUAGGGUUGAAUCUCAAUUUUCAAAGUUUUACCAAUCUAGAUACUAAUAUUUACCACAAACCAUUAUCAAACUACUCAUCUUCGUCCACAUCAUCAUCCACGACAUCAUCCUCACCAGCUCUCUCUGCACCUGUGAUGGAGGAUAUUAGAUCAAUAGGAGAUCAACACCAGAUUGAAUGGAAUGAUACUAUCAAUCUAGUGACAUCAGCAAGGUGGUGUAACUAUUUGAAAACAAUGGAUAUUGAAGCAAAUGAAGAUGAUGAUUAUGAUCAUGGGUUUCAUCAGUUUGAUCAAAAUAUGGAGUUCCCACCAUGGUUGAUCAAUGGAAAUGAAAGCUCAUGUCUGCAACAACACUUUGAUGAUGACUUCUCUAAUGGAUACUUUCAAGAUCCUGCUUUGCCUUGCAUGGACAUAGGUGAAAUUGAAGCAAUGGAUGGGGAGUGGCUAGCCUGAAAAAGAUUGAUUGUUUUUUGAGUAAUCAAUUUAUGGCGGAAUUACUAUUAUUAUUAUUCAAAUAUUUUGUGCUACUUUUUUUUAAUAUUAAUGUGGCGAUUGAAGAAAUAAACAAGAAAUAUAGGGCGGUAUAAAUUCAUAAUCAUUUAGGCCACAGGGUGUGGCAUCGAGCCACCUCGCCAUGUCACUCAAUAUAGCGUUUUGGGGCGCCAUCAAUCACGCCACCAUCGUUAAACUGGGGGCGCUAUCGAAGCCUCGUCAGUACGUUAAUGGACGAAUUUUGGGCGGAUCGAAGCAUUUGGUCAACAUAAUUGUUAAAGGGGGCGCUAGUGGAGCUUUAUCCUACACCAUCAUUGUUAAAGGGGGCGUCAUUUUUAUCUCAAAAUCUACGUUGUGCUUACGUGGCAUGAUAAGCCCCUAAGGGCUUUAUACCACACCUUGUGGCGUUACGAAGACAACUUUGUAAUCAGUUACGAAGAUAAGUUAUAAAAUAGAAUAUAGUUGAUCUCUCCGGUGUGAGUUGAGUUGAAAACUUACUUCUUUGUUGUGAGUUGUGACUACGACUAGUUUUC